CGUCAUCGGCCGUCAACAUGGCGUUCAGUUUUGGCGGUGCUGCGGCGACCAACACCGCAUCAAGCGCACCUGGAUUUUCGUUCGGUUCCUUUGGUGCCAAGACGACCGCAUCUACAGCGUUUGGAUUUGGCACUGCAGCCACCACCACCACCGCCUCUUCUGGCUUCGGAACUCUCACUGCGCCUAGUUUUGGGACGGCCACCACUACUGCAGCGACACCAGCCACUGGAUUUAGCUUUGGCUCCACCAACACCGGAUUUGGGGGGCUGGGAGCUGGAAACUCCACGGCUGGUGGGUUUAGUUUUGGGGGGUUUGGUUUAAAUGCCAACAACCCGGCAGCCGUCAGCUUUAACAUGGGGUGCUUUGGCACAGCAGCCACCACUGGCAAUGUUUUCAAUUUUGGCAAUAGUCUGGCUAGCACAGGAACCUUUGGUGGUUUUGGGACGACUACAACAACUGCUGCAGCUGCAGGCUCCACUUUUAGCUUCGCCACUCCGUCCAACACCACAGGGGGACUCUUUGGCAGCACCCAGAACAAAGGGUUUGGGUUCUCAUCUGGCCUUGGUGCUGGAACAGCCACUGGCACUUCAGGAUUUGGGACUGGAUUAGGAACCACAAACCUCAGCUGCUUUGGAGGGUUUGGCAUCCAGCCAGCACAGCAGCAGCAGGGAAGUGUCCUAGGCCAGCAGGCCCAGCAGCAGGGACUGUCCACCCAACUCUACCAGCAGGUCACCGCUCUGUCGGCACCUGUUCUUUUGGGAGAUGAACGCGAUACCAUCCUGGCUAAAUGGAACCAGUUGCAGGCUUACUGGGGCACUGGAAAGGGCUUCUACAGCAACAACAAUCCACCUGUGGACUUCACUCUGGAGAACCCUUUCUGCAGGUUCAAGGCAGUGGGCUACAGCUGUGUCCCAGUGAGCAAGGAUGAAGAUGGUUUGGUUGUUCUGGUUCUCAAUAAAAAAGAAGCUGAUGUUCGAUCGCAGCAGCAACAAUUGGUGGAGUCACUGCAUAAGAUUUUGGGAAGCAACCAGAUGCUCAGUGUCAACGUAGACGGCGUACGUGCUCGUCCAAGUGACCAGACAGAGGUGAUCAUAUAUGUGGUGGAGCGUUCGCCUAAUGGCACAUCCAAGAGGAUCCCUGCCUCCACACUCUUCACUUACCUGGAGCAAGCAAACGUGAAAGUGCAACUGACUCAGCUCGGGGUGACCAUGUCUGUCACUCGCACUGAACUCUCUCCUACGCAACUCAAGCAACUGCUGCAAACCCCCCCUGCUGGAGUGGAUCCAAUUAUUUGGGAGCAGGCCAAGGUGGACAACCCAGAUCCAGAAAAGUUAAUUCCAGUUCCUAUGGUGGGAUUCAAGGAGCUACUCCGCAGACUACAGAUCCAGGAGCAGAUGACCAAACAGCAACAGACACGUGUAGAUAUUGUCUCCAAUGACAUAAGUGAGCUCCAGAAGAACCAGGCGACCACUGUGGCCAAAAUUGCACAGUACAAGAGGAAGCUGAUGGAUCUGUCUCACAGGGUGCUGCAGGUGUUGAUUAAACAAGAGAUCCAGAGGAAAAGUGGAUAUGCCAUCCAAGUGGACGAGGAGCACCUGAGGGUGCAGCUGGACACCAUUCAGUCAGAACUCAAUGCCCCGACACAGUUCAAGGGCCGGUUGAAUGAGUUGAUGUCCCAAAUCCGCAUGCAGAACCACUUUGGAGCAGUGAGAUCAGAGGAACGCUACAGUGUUGAUGCAGACCUUCUCCGAGAAAUCAAACAACACUUGAAACAGCAGCAGGACGGGUUAAGUCAUCUGAUAAGUGUUAUCAAGGACGACCUGGAAGAUAUAAAACUGAUUGAGCACGGACUGAGCGACAGUGGACACACAAGAGGAGGAAAUCUGGCUUGACUGAACACACCACCUACGUUUGGCAAUAUGAUUAUGAGUCUAAAACAUUGUACAUACAUCUUUGUAUCUUUUUUAAAUGUGAUCAAUAGAAUAUUAAAAUUCACCAAAAUA